UGUAUGAGUUGUCAGGAAGAAGAAACAAUAGAGGUUUUUAGGCCAGAGCCGAGAACGCGACCCAUGGGCGAUGAAUGAUGCUGCUGCGCGAGCGAAGUGUCCGCAGGUGACUCACCUGCGCGAACCGGUCGCGUGCCCGCGCUUAUACGAGUCAUGCAGAAUACAGUCCUCGUACCCGGAGCAAUGAGUAAAGAAGCAGGAUACGGAUCAGGAAUGGAAGAGUAGCUGAGUACACCUGAUCCGUGCAUGCCAUGGGGAACUGCUGGGCUCAAUGUUUUGGGCUCUUUAGAAGGGAAGCAAACAGGAUACAAAGAGGAGGAGGGUCUAAGUACUUCAGAAGUACCACUGCUGGGGAACAUUAUACCAUUGAGUUUGAGAACCUUGUGGAGAGCGACGAGGGUGAGAGCUCGCAAAGCUGCCCCAGACCUAUUAGCGAAGAGGAGAUCAGCCACUUGAAAGAACAACGCUAUGCUGCCAUCACAGACCAACAAGCUCUGAUCGACAAAAAGCUGAAUGCUGAGUUAGUGGCAGAAGAGGAGAAGUUAAGGCUAGAAGAGGAGGCUGUUUUUGCAGCCCAGCGCGAGGCAGCGCGGCUCGCUAAGGAACGAAAGCUAAAGGAGGGGAAGCAGCAACCGCAGAGGACCAAACCCAGAUCAGAACCAGAGAGCAAUGACCCUCGGCACAAACCCAAAGCGUCGGAUGGAGAGUUCGAGGUGUACCUGCAGAGUGUGAAAGCUCAAUCUGAAGCAUUUCGCGGAAACAGACUCAGCUCUGAGACGAAUGUGGUGACCCCAAACACCGAGAGCAGCUGGGACUUCACCAGUAAGACUGACGCCACAUCACUGGACCUGGAGUGGGAGGAUGAGGAGGGAAUGAACCGAAUGGGUCCUGCGUGGGAGCGUUCCAAAACAGAGGAGGACAUUUUACGGGCGGCGCUCCGUCCUGGCGGGAAACAGCUGGACAGCGGCCCCACCUCCACCUCUGAGGACUCCAACGCUCUGGAGUGGGAGAACGACUUUGUCAGCGCACAUCCUGAGGACAACGGUGACCAUGGCGAUGAGGACUUUGAGGGAUUUGUUAAUCCAGUACUGGACACGCCCACUGAGGAGGCAGAGCAUAAGGCCAGCUCUGACCAGCAAGAGAGAUAGUGUACGGCAAGAGACAGUGAGACUACAGCAAUUUCAAAUGCCUCAUUCCAAUUCAGUGUGAUGUGUCUGCGGACGGUCAGUUCAAAUUUAUGUAUUAAAUGAAAUUCCUAAUUCUCAGUGUGAGAGAAAAUACAAGGAACAGAAAUGCUUUUUAUGGUUUGUACUCUGUCAUUGGGUGAAUAUCAUGAAAAUCGUCAUAAUUUAUCCCAAAAAAAAACCAUUUUUUUAUAUAUAUAUAUAUAUAUAUAUAUAUAUAUAUAUAUAUAUAUAUUAUAUAGCUUGCUAGCAUUGACAUUCUCACCACUUUGGUGUAUGUUUUAUUUUGAUGUAAUUUUUAUUUUCAGUAUUUUUACUGAUGUCUGUAUUAUAUGGAAGCUUGUUUCUGCCACUAAAUAAAAAACUAAAAAGGUAAUUGUGACUUUUUAUCUCACAAUUCUGACAUUAUAACUCUCAGUUGCGAGUUAUUUUCUCACAAUUUUGUCUUUUCUCAGAAUUGAGAUAUAAACUAACAAUUGCGAGAAAUAAAGUCAGAAUUGUGAGAUAUAAACUUGCAAUUCUCACUUUUUUUUUUUUUCUCUCUCGCAAUUCUCACUUUUUCUCACAAUUGCGUGUUAUAAAGUCAGAAUUGCAAAAUAUAUACACGGAAUUCUGAGAAAAAUCUUUUUUCCUUAGAACUGGACUUUAAUUCGGAAUUGUGAGUUUAUAUAACAAUACUGACUAUAACUCGCAAUUUUGAGUUUAUAUAACACAAUACUGACUAUAACUCACAAUUUUGAGUUUAUAUAACACAAUUCUGACUUUAUAACUCGUUAUAACUCAUGCAAUUCUGAGGAAAAAGAAGUCAGAAUUGUAAGAUAAAAAGUCGCAAUUACCUUUUUUUUCUUUUAUUCAGUGGUGGAAACAAGCUUCCAUAGUAUUACAAUAAAAAUACUGUGAUACAAGAAUUUCAAACUUUUAAAUCAGCAUAAAUUAGAGUCGAUACAAUAAAUGCAGCCAUGAUGUAUAUAAAUUACUCAAUUUAAAUGUGGCUUCUUUUUUUGCAUUAUGGUAAUGAGAAGUGGGUGGGAAAUGUGCUCAGUGGUCACAAUCUUUAUGGAUCUAACAGAAUGCUUCAUUUUCUUUAUGCAAAAUAUAAUUUCUUUUGGGAUGAAAUAUGACCUGGACAUGUUCGUGACCGGUUUCAUGAGAUUCACUCUAUUAGGUCACAGAUUCAUUACGAUUUGUGUACCAUGGGUUAAUUUGCUCUGGUUUUGAAUAAUUAGAUGCAGCUCUAAUUUAUUUUUAUUCGUUUCAUUUGAUAACUGGGUGAGAAAUGUCUUGCGUUCGUUCAGCCUUAUUUCAUAAGUUUUCAUUAAAGAACUGAAUCAAGUGCAAUUUUAGAAGAUGAGGGACAUUUCUCAAAAGCCACAAAUGUUUUCCAGAACCAUCAUAAUUUUUCUUUUGCAUGGUUAAUAUGAUAACACUCAUAUCAGACAUUAUGUGGUAUAACAGAUGUGUGACUGUCAGGGAAUGGUAUGAUGCAUAUGAGAUACUAGACAGUUUGAAGCAAAAGACCUUUUGACUACAAUUUUUCUUCCUUAAGUAAACAAAAUGCAUUGGAACACAUUUAAAUUCCAUAAGUGCUUUUGAAAUAGUCACUGAUUAUCUACCUGUAUGUGUCUGUGGGUCAGAGGGUUUCUGGUCGACACUUCUUGGAAAUAGCUAGUGUAAACAGCCAGCUCUUUAAACUCAGAUCCAAAAUGGAUCAGAAAGAGGGAAAAUACUUCAUGGUGUAACAUGGAUCGUCAUAUUCUACCUCUGGUUUUGAUAAUCCUGAUGUUAUUGAAUGAAUUCAUGGUGUCUUACUGUAUCUAAAAAAUGAUCAAUGAUUUGGUGUGCGUAUCUUUUGGGAACAUGUACAAGUUGUUUCACAAUGAAGUCAAAGAAAUAUUAUUUCGCACAAAGAAAAUAUGGCAUGUUUUUGGCAUAGAUUGUGACAAUAUUUUCAUGAAUUCUUAUUCUAUAUAUAACAUAUUAUUGUUUUUCCUGUGAUGUGAAAUGUCUCAUUUCACAAAAUCACAAUGGCCCAAAAAUAUGCUUAUAUUUUCUUUUAUAAUAUGAUAUUAUUAUUUUUUUCUUUCCGAUUUAAUUUUGGGGUGAAAUAUGACCCAAACAUAUUUUUGUGACCAUACAGACACCAUAUUAAGAUUUUAUAUAUAUAUACUUUAUCAUUUAAUUUUAUUUUAAAAGAGGCUGUGAGGGAUAGAUGUCUUUACAUUGGCGCAACAAAACUUAUAUUGAGUUUUUGUUGAUUGAAAGUUUUUCUCAGAAAGACAUUUUGUCAGCUGAACAAUCGAAUUGUUGUUAAACAAUACGGUCCAUUAAACGCACUGUAUUUCUAUCCCUCAGAGCCUUGUUUUUAUUCCUGUCAAAAAUUAAAUAUGGCGUCUAACCUGACUAAGGUCUACAGCGGAACAUCAAGGGACUUAAUUGCUAAUGGUAUUAGCAUCUUGUUUUUUUUUUUUUUCUGUCUGCCAUUAACAGGAUGAACAACCUCUUCCAUUGACCCCCAUAAUUCCCUCAAAUUCUGAAUUGAACCUAAUGCUUUUAAAUGUUUUCAUGAAUUCUGAUCUGUAUAUAAUGGAUUGUAAAGCAGACACUAAAGGCCUUUAAGAGUAGUGGAGACUCGAGUCUGACGCGACGGCGUCUGUAAUCUAGUUGUAGGUCUCUGAGGACUGAUGUGUAGAACAUCAGCGCACACAAGAGCUUCUGUACAGCACAAUCAUGUCAUGUUAUUUUCUUAUUGUACCAGCACACCUCAAAAGAAAUGUAUUCAUGUCAUCAGAAUGUAAAGUAUGUAUGAUUAAUGCAGUGUUUGUUGUUGUUUCCCCCCCCCCCCACCCCUCUUCUUUUGAGUCUGUUGACCAUGUAACUCGUCCUGUUUGAAGAGUUUGGGAGCACAUUUGCAAAGAUACAUGAAUGUUUGUCCACCAGUAGGAAUUAAAUAGGUACAAGUGAUUGUAAAUAACAUGUAGCUGGUCUGUGAAAUGAUGACAUUUGAAAAUGCAGCCCCAUCUGUGUGUUUAUGGUGGCAUAUUUAUGUAAAUGACCACAGGGUUAGUAGCUUUAACUGAUUCCCAAAUGGAAACACUGUUACCAGGCCUUAUUUUGCAUUAUGAGAAGUGUGUAUUGAAAUAAUAUUGGCUGUUCUCAAUUUAAGGAAAAUAAAAUAGAUGCUGAACAUUCCAAGAAAGGCUCUGGAUUCACAUUUCCAAAGCGCUUCCCAACUCUUCAACAGCUUAAACUUGCACAAUUUGUUGAGAUGUUUCCUUGUGUUGGAGGAACUUUAAAUUUCUUUUUACAAUUCUGAUUGUUUGUGAUGAACCUGUCAUAAUUCAGAUGAACUGAACGUAAUUACUGUUUUUAUUAUCCAAUCUACAGAACAUAAGACCUCGGGUUAGAUCUGACUGCUAAUAAACAAAUAGUGAUAUUA